AUGGGGCUAACAGAGGCUACCGGCCCAAGUGUUGCCUACAUAUGCCUUGGGGGUUUCGUCGUCGCUGUGCGUAUCGAUCUGCUCUCCUCGAGACAGGGCGAGUCUAAUAUGUUCUCAUAUUCCGUCUCCUCCCUCCUGAGCUUUUCGCAGAUAUACGUCAAUGAAGUCGUUCUGGGGACCGUGUAUGGCGUCUUCAUGGGCCCCUACUUUGCAGGUGUCUUCGAUCCCCGCUCGUGGGGGGCUGUAUCCGACGAAGUCACCCUUGAAAUAAUGCGCAUCGUCCUCGCGACAGGUCUUUUUGCCAUUGGUGUGGAGUUACCAAGGUCUUAUAUGGCUACUCAUGCGAAAAGCCUGCUCGCCAUGGUCGUUCCCACAAUGGCCCUAGGAUGGGUGAUCGUUGCAGGCCUACUGCGUGCCUUGUUCCCUCAGCUGAACUUCAUUUCUUGCCUCGCGAUCUCUGCUUGUCUAACGCCGACGGAUCCCAUUAUCUGUGCUGCCAUAGUCGGUGGCACGUUUGCUCGCCAGCAUGUCCCUGUCAAUCUGCGCCAUAUUCUAUCCGCUGAAUCCGCUGCUAAUGAUGGCCUUGCAUAUCCUUUCUUAUCACUGUCCAUCUACCUCACCCUCGAGGGAACAAGAGGCAUUGCCUUCACCCAUUGGAUUCUUAUUGGGUGGCUAUACCAAGUGAUCCUCGGUACCGCCACUGGUGCCACCCUCGGCUUGCUGUUCUCCUACGUAAUGAAGUGCUCCCAUAAACGAGGCUUCAUCGACAGAGAAUCUUAUGUCGCCCAGUACCUCGCGCUAGCUAUCUUUAUCAUCGGCAUUGUCAGCACCAUAGGCAGCGAUGAUCUGUUGGCAGCAUUUGCUGCUGGCUGUGCCAUUUCUUGGGACGGUGACUUCAAAACUCAUAUAGAAGGAGAAACCUUUGCCUCGGUAAUCGAUCUCGUGCUGAACUGCGGUUGCUUCAUCUACAUCGGUGCUUGGCUGCCGUUCCAGUCAUUCUCGAUUCCUGCAAUCGGGAUCACACCAUGCCGUCUCGUCGCCCUCGCAUUCGGCAUCAUGUUCUUUCGUCGCAUACCCGCCAUCCUGCUUCUGUAUCGGUGGAUACCUGAGAUUCAGUCAUGGCGUGAGGCUCUCUUUUCAGGUCACUUUGGUAAGGCUGAUUCUCCAUUUGACCUAUAUACCCUUGGAGGACCCAUCAGCGUUGUAGGACCAAUGGGCGUUGGAGCUAUCUUUAUUUCAACACUAGCUAUUCACCAACUUCCCCACCCCAAGGACCCUCCCACAAGUCAGCAAGAUUACCUGAGUUUGGCACUUCAACCCAUUGUGUCGUUCAUUGUGCUCUCUUCGAUCAUUAUUCAUGGGCUGUCCAUCCCUUUUUUCACCAUUGGAAGGAAAUUUUCACGGACGGUCUCCACCAUCGCGGUUUCGAGGAUCUACCCCUGGAUUGCCGGCGUGAAACCUAACUCAACCCUUCCGAGGCAACCUACGAUAGAAACUGCUCUUGUUCACGAACAGUCUACAACGAUAUUGGAAGAGGCACAAUCUGAAAGCUCAUGCGGUGAAGACAGAUCACGCCGUUCCCUGUCACCUCAUCUCUUCUCCUCGGAAGUAACAUCGUUGGGACCUGAAGACAUCCGCGUGGUGGAAGAGGCGAGGACGACGGCCCCACAUAUCAAACAACCCAUGGUAAUCAACUUCCCCGCCGCAUAA